GAGGUUGAGGGGAGUCGAAUGAGUCUUGUUGAGAAAUAUACUGGGAUUUAAUAAAGAUAUUGCAUGUAUCUGGCUGAUGUUGCCCUGACGGAAGACUCGGCAGUGGACGAUGACCAGUGCCUUUAUGUUGGCACCGUUCAAGCUGAAUGCAUUGUGAUUUCCAAUAAUUGAGACAGUGAUUUCUAAAAAGCUGUCUACAUUAAUGAAAAGAACAAUGUAGUCAGCUUAGCAUGUUCAACACAUGAUCUAUUCACAAAGCAUUUUUCUCUCCAUCUAAAUCUUCACAUGCAUGUGUUUGAGCUUAAUAAGAUUUAGCUGUUUGCUUUAAAAAACUAAGAUUAAGCAUUUUUCCCCUCUUUCUAAAUAUUUUACUCUCCCUCUUGCUUUAUCUAUAUAUUUAAAACUGAAAAUGGAGAACGAUGGUGUUUCACCCCCUCUCCCUCUUGAGCCCCCUGAUUUAGUCGAAUUGGGGAGCUGUAAUAGUUUUGCCCCUCCACCACCUCCCCUGCAAACGUCCAGUGACGCAGAGGAAAUGGACGUUAGCUCUGGUGGUGAUGGACCCCCGCUACCUCCCAUAGAGGGUACCAUAGCUCAGGAGCUCCUCACUAGGGGUUCCACGGGCCUCCGCAGUCACCCGCUCGACGUCUCCCACACCCACCCGGGCGGCGCGUGCCCCCGUACGGCCCGUCACGCCCCCCCCGUAACUAAGUUUCUCCCUAACCUGAAACUACUGAAAGAUGUGAAAAUUAGUGUAAGCUUCACAGACAGUAGCAAGAGCAAGGACAGAAAGGUAUUGUAUACAGGAGAGGAGCAAGAAGGGAGCAGUUUAGAGAGUCUGAACGGGGAGGUGCAGGAGGAGGUGGGCGAGGAGGAAGGCUGCCCCCACGGUCGCUCGAGGCCGGGAAACGGAGCGGCCACAGCGGCCGAGAGAAAGAGCGAAGACUUGGAAACGGAACAAGAGAACAAAGUGGAGUUUGCUGUGCUGGACGAACUGGAGGACUUCAGCGAGAACUUUCUGGAUACGGACGACGGGGAGACCAGCGGGUUUAGGUCAGAGGUCAUAGCUCAGCAAGAACACGGAGUGCAUGAGGAGGACCUGAGCUACUCCUAUGAGGAGGACUUUGACAACGACGUAGACGCUCUGUUAGAGGAGGGCAUGCCUGUGCCUAAAAAGAUGCGACUGGCCGAGGACAAGUACACUGGAGACAGCGACCACCAAUCGGACGGAGAGGGCGGAGUCCAGCCUAUGAUGACCAAAAUCAAGACUGUUUUAAAGAGUCGCGGGCGGCCACCCACUGAACCACUUCCUGAUGGGUGGAUCAUGACAUUCCAUAAUUCAGGGAUUCCGGUUUACCUCCAUCGUGAAACCCGUGUGGUCACCUGGUCCAGACCCUACUUCCUUGGCACGGGAAGCAUCCGGAAACACGACCCGCCCACCAGUAGCAUUCCCUGUUUGCACUAUAAGAAAAUGAAGGAACAGGAAGAAAGGGAGCAAAACGGAGAGGUGACGCCGAAUUCGGAGGUGUCGCCGGCCAAGCCGACGGAGGAGUCCGAUUCGCUGGAGCGGGCGGACGAGCCGGACUCCACCGCCCCGGAGGAGAGCGCGGCCCGGGCCGCGGAGGACGCCGGUCAGGCGUCGGCGGAACCCCAGGGGGAGGUCAAAGAGGGGCAGCCCGGGGAUUCGGCCCAGGGGGCUCUGGGUCAGGUCAAGGCCAAAGUGGAAGUGUGCAAAGACGAAUCUGUGGAUAUUGAGGAGUUUCGCAGCUACCUGGAGAAAUGCUUCGACUUUGAGCAGGUCACGGUGAAAAAGUUUCGCACGUGGGCAGAACGCAGGCAGUUCAACAGAGACAUGAAGAGGAAGCAGGCGGAGUCCGAGAGGCCCAUCCUGCCGGCCAAUCAGAAACUCAUCACCCUCUCCGUACAAGACGCGCCCACGAAGAAAGAAUUUGUCAUUAACCCCAAUGGGAAAUCAGAAGUGUGCAUCCUUCAUGAAUACAUGCAACGAGUUCUCAAAGUCCGACCUGUUUACAAUUUCUUUGAAUGUGAAAACCCGAGCGAACCUUUCGGAGCUUCUGUUAUAAUAGAUGGAGUAACUUAUGGCACAGGGACAGCAAGUAGUAAAAAACUCGCCAAGAAUAAAGCUGCUCGAGCUACACUGGAGAUCCUCAUUCCUGACUUUGUUAAGCAGACGUCUGAGGAGAAGCCAAUAGAAGGCGAUGAACUGGAGUAUUUUAAUCAUAUCAGUAUUGAAGAUUCGAGAGUGUACGAACUGACCAACAAAGCAGGUUUACUGUCUCCGUAUCAGAUUCUUCAUGAGUGCCUUAAAAGAAACCACGGCAUGGGCGACACCAGCAUUAAGUUUGAGGUGAUUCCCGGAAAGAACCAGAAGAGCGAAUAUGUGAUGACGUGCGGGAAACACACCGUGCGAGGCUGGUGUAAGAAUAAGCGAGUGGGGAAACAGCUGGCUUCUCAAAAGAUCCUGCAGAUGCUUCACCCUCACGUUAAAAACUGGGGCUCCCUGCUGCGCAUGUACGGGCGAGAGAGCAGUAAGAUGGUCAAAAAGGAGAAUUCAGACAAAAGCGUGAUCGAGCUCCAACAGUUUGCCAAAAAGAACAAGCCAAACCUGCACAUCUUGAACAGACUGCAAGAGGAGAUGAGAAAACUGGCCAGUGAAAGGGAGGAAACCAGAAAGAAGCCUAAGAUGACGAUCGUGGAGUCUGCGCAGCCGGGAAGUGAGCCCUUGUGCACUGUAGACGUUUAAAAAAAAAAAAAAAACUCUCGCAGCCUAUCUGUUACCAUGGCGCUGACCAAUGAUAGCGAUAGUGGCAACGCAAAAGAUCACGCCAUUAUUUGUGAGUUAUGCAUUACCCUGCAGUGCAAAAACGGCAAUACUAGUUACAACUUCUUUUUUUUUUCUUUUUUCUUGAAAAGACCUUCGUGGUCAUUCCAACGUGAGCUGUAGAUUUUGUCUCCUGGGCUUUUGUGACUGAAAUAUUUUGUCAUUUGUGUCAAACUGUGGAAUGCACUAUGAAAAGGCUAAGAGAUCAUGGAAUACCUCUGGGUGCGUUAUUUGUACCGUACUUGUAUACCGCAAAUAAACCACAGAAUUAUGAAUUACUUGUUCUGCAUACCAGUAAAUAUCCCAAAACCAUUCAGAGAGAAGAUAUAUGAACAUGUUGUAGUUUAAUGCCUGUUAAGAGUAUGUUAUUGAUUGGUAUGGAUUUGUCGAAGCUUGCUUUUUAAAUAUUUCUUUACACUGUGUUCCUCGGAUGCAGAUAAUAAAUAAAGGCGUAAUUCAGUGUAUUUCCACAUAUUCCACUAACACAAGCUCAGUGCAGUACCAGAUGUGUCUAAAUAGAUAUGCUUUAAGAAUUACCCUUCUGGUGGUACAUUUUUGUGAGUUUUUGUGGUACACAGUGAAACCUGAACUUAAUGGGUGUGGGUCAUUCACAGGGUUGACACUGUACAUAAAUUAUGUAUCGAUGUUGAGGUGGAUAUUUUAAUAGUUACAGGUUACGGUUGUUUUAAGCAAGCAACCAAAUGAUUUUGCACGGUGAACAACACAAAAACGUCUGAUGCGAUUUCAAAUGCCUACCGUUUUACAGCACAGCAGACACCAGACGCGUCCGUGUCCUCACACUGACACUCUUUACAAAAAAAAAAAAAGUCCACUUGAGAAUGUAACUUUUUGCAAGACUUGUUUAAAAAGAAAGAAUUGAAGUCUUUUCAAUGGCCUUUUCCAUUCAAGAAACACAGGAUCAGACACAUAUCAGUGAACGGUUCGUGACACCGUUCCGCUAAGCUAAGAUCCUGCGUGGGGUUUUUUUUUUGUUUGUUUGUUUGUUUGUUUGUUUUUCUUUUCAGCUCUGCAGAAAACACAAGCACAAGGGCUUGAAGUACUGUAGUCUCGGAGUAUGAGGGUUUCUGUGUUUUACUCCUCCUCUUUGUUUUUGUUAACGUGACUUUUGGAUCUGGCAUUUCAUUUUAUUCCACAGACAUACAAACGCAUUUCUCUCCCUCUGUUGCAAACAGACGUAAUUGACUGGUCAAUGCCUUAGUUAACCCCAGUGUUUCAGGGUCCAUUCUGCUGUCUAAAGGGAAAAGCAAAGCCAAACCCUAUAUUUGUUUUGUUUUUUUGUUUGUUUGGGGGGUUUUUUGUUGUUGUUGUUUUUUUUGCAUUGAAUCUGCUGUUAACAUGGAACUACCCAGGACACACUGACCGUUACUGUCGAUAUUACAGAGAAAAAAAAAAAGCCUUUUUUUUUUUUUUUUCUUACAAGCAUGCGCUUCUUGAUUGUCUUAACUGACUGUUUGUGGACGAUUAGAUGUACGUUUGCUAUUGUCGUGACAGCUGAUUGUGUAUAAAUCCAGUUUUGAAAAAAAAAAAAAAAAAAGAGAGAGAGAGAGAGAGAGAGGAAGAAACGUAUAGGCAGACGCGAUCUUUCCCCUCAAGGCGAUCCACUACAACGGCAACUCCAUACCUCGAACAAAACAAAACCCCAUCAUAUCACCAAGUCCAACAGAUGAAGGAACCAUGUGAACCAAAGCUUAAACAGUCUUAUGCAUUUUUAUAGAAUACUAU